AUGGUGGUGGAGAACGCGGUCCAAGUGGAAGCACACGCCAGCAGGCGCGUGCAGCCUGACAUGGCUCGCCUGGUGAUUUCGAUCAAAAGCGAGAAAUCGGACUUUGCAGAGGCGCAGGAAAGCGUCAACAAGAGGCACAAGUGGGUGAUCCACCUCCUUGCAGAACAAAGUGUACGAAAGGCGGACGUGAAUGAGACGAUGCGCGUGACCAAAGGCGAGACUUCCAUCAGCAUUGUCAAAACGACCUCAGUGCUGCUCCGAAACAAACAAUCUGCCGAAGCAGUCCUGUCACAAAUCUGCCAGAAGGACAUUGAUAAGAUAUUUGUGGAUGAGGUCGAGUAUGUGUGCAGUCAAGAGCAACUGUCGUCAACAUCGGUGCAGCUGACAGACACGGCAAUGACAGAUGCGUUGGCGAAGAUCAAGGCUGCGUGUAAGCGGGCGAGUUUGCAGGCAACCUCUGUUGUGCACGUGAGCGAGCACCGAGAGGAUGCAGUGACACACAGCGAUGGGUCGUGCACGGUUGCGUGUCACCUCACCGUCACAGCAGCGCUUGCGCCCUGA